CCGCCGCUACCGAUGCAAGCAAAGAGAACAAGAUUCACACUGAUGUCAUGCUUUUCAAUCGCUGGAGCUAUGACGGAGUUGAGAUCAAUGACAUGUCUGUUGAGGAUUACAUCACAGCCACUGCUAACAAGCACCCAGUUUACAUGCCACACACAGCUGGUAGAUACCAGGCCAAGCGUUUCAGGAAGGCCCAGUGCCCAAUUGUUGAGAGGCUUACCAAUUCUCUCAUGAUGCAUGGAAGGAACAAUGGAAAGAAGCUCAUGGCUGUUCGCAUUAUUAAGCAUGCAAUGGAGAUCAUUCAUUUGUUGACUGACCAAAACCCAAUUCAAGUCAUUGUUGAUGCUGUUAUCAACAGUGGGCCAAGGGAAGAUGCAACACGUAUUGGUUCUGCUGGUGUUGUCAGACGUCAAGCUGUUGAUAUUUCUCCACUUCGCCGUGUUAACCAAGCAAUUUAUUUGCUGACAACUGGUGCACGUGAGAGUGCUUUCAGGAACAUCAAGACCAUUGCUGAAUGCCUUGCUGAUGAACUCAUCAAUGCUGCCAAGGGUUCUUCUAAUAGCUAUGCCAUUAAGAAGAAGGACGAGAUUGAAAGGGUUGCCAAGGCCAAUCGUUAAGAGAUUGAUGUUGGAGCAACUUUUAUUGAGAGACUUUUUGGUUAUGCUAUUUUCUCAUUUCUGUUUUCAUGUAGGCAUUAUAGCAUCUGCUACUCCUUAUGGAUUUAGUUUCUUGGAGGAUUUAUGUUUGGUAUUGUUAUAAAUGUUAAAUUUUGAAGUUCCUUUAUUCGGGUUCUUGGUAGAGUUUUGUUUAAACACAUGGUAUGGUAUGAUUUGUUUUAGAUGUUUCAAGUA